UUGAAUAUAAAAAAUUAAAAGUAAAAAGUACGUCAAUUUUUUACAAUCUGCAAACAAUAUAAAAUGUGAAUAUUUUACAUAGAUAGAUUACCAUAUUAUUGUUCAAAUUAAAUGUUAAAAAAUAAUGUAGGAUAUCAUGUCACUUCAAAGAUCUCGUCCAAUGGACACUCUUCAAAGAAUUAUGUCGUCAUUCAAGCAUUUCGAAAAGAAAUUGGAUAAACUACAAGAUGAUGUAAAUUUUCAAGGUCAUACAUUAACUGAACUUCGUGUCAUGGUUGCAAAUCUUUCCGGCGGCCUAUUAAACGGCGAAGGUAAGCCAACGGAAAACACUAAACAUUCUGCAGUCAAAACAACUGCCGUCCAGCCAGAUAUUAUAAACAGUGAUAAGUUAUUAAAAACCAAAAGAAAGAAUGCUCUACAACCAUUUGUUUCCAAAAUUCAAACCAAAAGUUACCACGGACCGAAGUAUGGAUCGAAAGCUUCUAAAGAUGUGCCUUUUAUAAAUAAAUUGCCGUCUAGUCCUAAAACCGGAAAAAGACCAUCAAGGCAAAGAAAAGGCGAUUCUCCACGCAAAACCACUACUUUGCGAGGUCAGAAGGAAAUUGUCCACAAGCGCAGCAAGUUACCACCACGUGUUUUGAUGUAAUUUUUUUAUAAUCAGAAAAAGAAAGUGCUGUAACUAAUAUGAAAUAUAAUAACUUAUUUUGCAAA